UUCACACAGGGUAGGGUCUCCGCUUGGGUUUCCUCGCAAGUCCACGCCCCUGUGGCUGACAGCACAUGCCUGCAUGCUCUGGCCGCGGAACCAGGAAGGUUGGCGGACGGAGAAGAAGGGAGACGGCGCACACCAUGACCCGAAACCUCAUCGCUUGAAAGCCGACCGCUCAGACCCUUCGAGUCCAGAUCUCAUCGAGAGGAAGGCAUCAUGAUUCCUGUGAUGGAAUUCCGGCAGUUCUCUGAACAGCAGCCAGCGUUCAGAGUCCUGAAGCCAUGGUGGGAUGUGUUCACUGACUACCUCUCUGUAAUCAUGCUCAUGAUUGGUGUCUUUGGAUGUACUCUUCAGGUAAUGCAAGACAAAAUCAUAUGCCUUCCUCAGAGAAUAUCAUCACCUUUGGAGAACACAACUGAAGUGGAACUGAAAUCACCGUUACACAUGAAACCCAAUUUUUCCACCAUACCCAAAGAAAUGAGAGGCCUGAAAACCGAUCUGGAUCUUCAACAGUACAGUUUCAUCAAUCAGAUGUGCUAUGAGAAGGCUCUACAUUGGUAUGCCAAGUAUUUUCCCUAUUUGGUUCUCAUACACACUCUAGUUUUCAUGGUGUGUAGUAACUUCUGGUUCAAAUUUCCUGGCUCAAGCUCUAAAAUAGAACAUUUUAUCUCCAUGCUUGGCAAGUGCUUCGACUCUCCAUGGACGACACGAGCUUUGUCGGAGGUGUCUGGAGAAAAUCCUGAAGAAAAGGACAGUAAAAAGACUGGUACUUCUAGGUCCAACAUCGUUGUGUCUCCCGGAGAAGGUAGUUUGGAGAAGACACAGUCCCUCCGGUCUAUCCCAGAAAAGAUUGUAGUUGACAAGCCAUCUGCAAGUGUUCUUGAUAAAAAAGAGGGUGAACAAGCUAAAGCUCUUUUUGAAAAGGUAAAGAAGUUCCGUCUGCACGUUGAAGAAGGAGACAUCCUUUACCUUAUGUAUGUUCGGCAGACAGUUUUCAAGGUGUUUAAAUUCCUCCUAAUUAUUGCCUAUAAUAGUUCUCUAGUGAAUAAAGUGCGGAAUAGAGUGCGUUGUGAAGUUGAGAUUCAGGACAUGACUGGCUACAAAGAGUUUGAAUGUAAUCACACUAUGGCUCAUCUGUUUUCUAAGCUUUCUUACUGUUACCUGUGUUUAGUGGCUCUUUAUGGAUUAACAAGCCUUUACACCUCCUACUGGCUGUUUUACCGCUCACUGAAAGAAUACUCCUUUGAGUAUGUGCGACAGGAAACAGGUAUCAAUGACAUCCCAGAUGUCAAGAAUGACUUUGCUUUCAUGCUACAUAUGAUUGAUCAGUAUGACCCGCUGUAUUCUAAAAGAUUUGCAGUUUUUUUAUCUGAGGUCAGUGAGAACAAACUGAAACAGCUCAACCUCAACCACGAGUGGACUCCUGAGAAACUGCGUCAGAGACUCCAGACUAAUACCAACAACAGACUUGAACUUCAACUGUUCAUGCUCCCUGGGUUACCCGACACUGUCUUUGAGUUGACGGAGCUGCAGUCACUCAAGCUUGAAAUUAUCAACAAUGUCACCAUCCCUGCCUCUAUCUCUCAGCUGGAAGACCUUCAGGAGCUGUCUCUUUACCAAUGCUCUUUAAAGUUGCACACAACAGCUACCUCCUUCCUCAAAGAAAACCUGAAAGUGCUUCGUGUGAAGUUUGAUGAUAACAGGGAACUUCCAAAUUGGAUGUAUGGCCUGCGCAAUUUAGAGGAGCUCUAUCUCACUGGAUCACUCAGCCCUGAUGCCUCUAAAAAUAUAGUUCUUGAGUCGCUACGGGAGAUGAAGUGUUUGAAAACUCUCUCCCUUAAAAGUAAUUUGACCAAGAUACCCCAGUCGAUAGUGGAUGUUUCCAGCCAUCUGCAGCGGCUGUACUUACACAAUGAUGGCACUAAGCUAGUAAUGCUCAACAACCUGAAAAAGAUAAUCAAUCUGAUUGAGCUGGAGUUAGUGCGUUGUGAUCUGGAACGCAUCCCACAUGCAAUCUUCAGCCUGACAAAUCUGCAAGAGCUUGAUCUGAAAGAGAAUAACAUUCGCUCAAUAGAGGAGAUUAUCAGCUUCCAGCAUCUUCGAAAACUCACUUGCCUUAAACUUUGGUACAAUGGCAUCAUGUACAUCCCAGAGCAUAUCAAAAAACUUGGCAGCCUAGAGCGCCUCUACUUCGGCUACAACAAGAUCGAAAUAUUGCCCUCGCACCUGUUCUUGUGCAACAAGCUACGGUACCUGGACCUGUCCAACAAUGACAUCCGAUUCAUCCCUCCAGAAAUUGGAGUCCUUCAGAGUCUGCAGUAUUUCUCUGUCACAUGUAACAAACUUGAAAAUCUACCAGAUGAGCUCUUCUUUUGCAAAAAGCUAAAAACAUUAAAGCUUGGCAAGAACUCGCUGUCCAUACUUUCACCAAAAAUUUCUUACCUAGCACUACUGGCAUAUUUGGAACUCAAAGGCAAUCACUUUGAGCUCCUGCCACAAGAGCUCGGUUACUGUCGUGCUUUGAAGCGCAGUGGCCUUAUAGUGGAAGAGACACUGUUUGAAACUCUGCCUUCAGAUGUCAGGGACCAGAUGAAGGCUGAGUGAGAUGCCUUAUUGUAGCCGCAGUGCCUGCUGUUUGUUCUGUCUACCAAUUCAGAGCCUUUGUUUUUUAUUAACUCAUUACCAUACAUAAGUAUUACACUACUGUUAAAAAAGUUGUUUUUCCAGUGUCCUUGAGGGAGGGAAAAAUUACUUAUUCGUAUAUUGUCACAUAGAGUGUGGCUCUGCAGGGGUGCUUGCUCUGUUGUUAUUAGGUUUUGACAUAUUAACUGGCAACAAAUCCUUCUUAAUGGAAUGUUUCAGGAUUUUGGGAAAUACACUGUUUCACUUUAGAGUAGGAGAUUGAUAUCAAUCACAAUUCUGUAUAUUAAACAUUAAACUACAGCCAGCAGGAGAUUAGCUUAGCACAAAGACCAGAAGCAGGAGGAAACAGCUAGCCUGGCUCUGUCCAAAGGUGAAAAAUACACCUACCAGCACCUCUGAAGCUCACUAAUUAACACGUUGAAUAUUGUUUGUUUAAUUCAUGUGAAAACCAAAAUGUAAAAAUUACGUGGUUGGGGUUUUAUGGGGAGUUACCUGCUGGACUAUUUUUUUUGGGCCUGGUGCAUUGAGUUCUUGGAGUCUCUUAAUUAGUGAGUUGGAUAGAGACAGGCUAGCUGUUUCCCCCUACUUCCAGUCUUUAUGCCAGUCUGACUGUCUGCUAGCUGUAGCUUAAUAUUUAGCAUACAAACAUGAGAGUGGUAUCAAUUUUUUCAUCUAACUCUAGGUAAGAGAGCGAAUAAGCAUAUUUCCCAAAAUGUCCUUCCAGCACAUUUCUUACAUUUCUUACAUGAAACCAUUGGAUUACUGAAUGUAAAUCAAAACUGAAGACCUCACUUAAGUUUAGGCUAGUAGCCUUAUGCUGUAUCGUAUAUAUUUUAUGUUGCCCUUAUGAAGUCCUUUAUUUUCUUCAAGAGACUGUUAGCUAAUAUGGACAAUAGCAGGAGAAAUGCAAAUAAAGGAUAUAUCUUACAUAAGUGUAAUGUAAUACCUUGUAUAAACAAUUCUGUAUUAUAGAAAGAUGCCAUUUUAAGUGCAUUAAACUUAAAGGACUAUGUCAUACUGGUGUUCUUCAGUUCUUAAAAGGUGGACAAGAAGAGUUAAGCUUAUCACACAAAUGUAUUUUUUAUAAACAG